AUGUCCCUACAGGCGAAAAGGCAUCUGAGCUUUUUCCGCAGAGCCACUGGGGGGUCGGGUGUGGACAUGGGACCAGUCAAGGUCCCUGACUGGGACUCGAUUUUUGUGGACGGGUGUGAGAGUGGGGACGGAAUGUGGUUGGAUGUCCCCCACAUCAGGAUGGUUGUGGGGUACUUAGGGUGUGCGGAGUUGCCCGCUGCCACAGGCCCCACGGAGGAUGUUGUCCGGUCCUGCCUGAGACGCCUGUGGACUGAGCACACGGUUCGGUCACUGGUCCUGGUGGAAGCUGUGCCUGCGGGAGUCCGGGUGCGCGGUGACUCGGGAGCUGUGCUAGCCAGCUACCUCGCCGAAACACUGGUGUUCAGCGCCAUCUGCCCUGAUGACGGCCGGUUCUUUGGACUGGUCGCUGCACCUGUGGAGAACAGACCGAGGACCUCCUGCCAUGCGUUUGCUGUGGACCCUGAACUAUGCAGCCACAAAGCCCAUCAGGAUGUUGCUAGGCGCUUCUGUUUGGAGUGCACCCCGACGCCCGUAUUCGAUGGCUGCCUGGAGUUUCCCUCGACAGUGCAGCGCCUCCUGCAACUGUUUCUUCUACUCCAGCAAGACAUUCAUGAGUCUGUGGAAAUGGAUCAGCCCCGGGCCUUUCCCGAUACACACCCAUACACUGACUGCGACAGUGGGAUUGGCAACCUCGUUACAGAGGACCCCAGUGAUAGGGUCCUCCUGGUCAACCUGGAGGGCAGCCCCAGUAGACCAUGUAAUAGCGUGAACACAGUAAACUGCUUUGGCUUCUCCCGGAAAGUGGCCUUUAAUCUUACCGGGACCCUUUCAGAUGGAGCAGUGACCAAGAAUAGUGACCGGCAAUGUCAUCUGGGAUCCACAGAUGUAAAUCGCAGAGAGAAGCCACGACCCAUGAGCCAAAGCACUGGAAAUCUUGCAGCUGAAGAAGUGGUUUGGAAGGAGAAACGGGCCAAAACUUUCUUUUUCCCAGACAGAUCAGUCGGAGAGCUGACCGGCGGAAAGCAGAGCAAAUGUGGGAAGAGGAAGCGGUCAAGGUUUGGAGCUUUGGGAGUGGCAUUUCCCUUCCCUCGUCGCUCUGUUGGCCAGCCCAAGCUCUUGAGUCUGACCCGUUCCUUGGAUGACCUGGAGCUUUCCAGCACCCGAGUCGGCAGUUCCUUCGACUGCUUCCUCCCUCCUGCCUCUUGCCGACCGCCCACACAACCUGGCCAGGGCCCCAGCCCGACAAGCGCUGUCCACCGGCUUCUCCUCCUCCGAGGAAUGGUUCUGCAAUCGCCCACGCUCCCCCUCCUCCAGAGGACCAUUCGCCACUCUGCUGCUCCCUCUGCUUCUCAGGCCAUGCAGACGUGGAGGUGA